AUGUCAACCUUCCAACCCAUUAAUCCAAAACCAUUUUUGAAAACUUUGAUCGACAAGCCCAUAAUAGUCAGAUUAAAAUGGAAUAAGACAGAGUACAAAGGAAAUCUCGUAUCAAUAGAUAAUUAUAUGAAUUUACAAUUAGACGAAACGUAUGAAGUGAUAUAUAAUAAUGGAGAAAGAAAGGAGGAGCUCAUCGGUGAAAUCUUUAUAAGGUGCAAUAACGUAUUGUUUAUACGAGAGGAUGUGUCUAAGGAUGUUGAGGCAGCUGAUGAGGCAACUACAGGGGUCAAAAAGGAGGAUGAAGAGAUGUCUCAGAAGUGA